UUCUGUGCCUUUUGACAUCAAAAAAACUCUGCUAAAAAUGACUGGAAUAAAUAAUAACCAACAAGAAGUGUCCGAAUCGCAAACAAAAAAUAAAAGAGAACAACAACAAAAUUCGGAAAAUGAAAGGACUGAGUCUAUUUGCACAGAGGAGGAAGCUUUGGAUUAUAUGGUGGCUAUUCCUGAAACUGAUGGAGAGUCAAUUUUUAGUUUGAGGAAACUUUGGGCAUUUACUGGACCUGGUUUUUUGAUGAGCAUUGCUUAUUUGGAUCCAGGAAAUAUUGAGUCAGAUUUGCAGUCAGGAACUGUUGCUAGAUACAAACUUCUCUGGGUACUUCUUAUGGCUCAUAUUCUUGGCUUCUUUCUGCAACGGUUAUCGGCUCGUUUGGGUGUCGUUUCAGGGAAAAAUAUGGCGGAAAUGGCCUACGAAUUUUAUCCAAAGGUUCCUCGUCUUUUUCUUUGGUCAAUGAUUGAAAUUGCAAUUAUAUGCAGCGACAUGCAAGAAGUUAUAGGUACAGCAAUUGCUUUUUCUUUGCUUUCUAAUGGAAGAAUUCCUCUAUUUGUUGGUGUUUUAAUCACAAUGGUUGACACCUUCACUUUUUUACUUAUUGACCGUUACGGGUUUCGAAAAUUGGAAUUUAUUUUUGCCCUUUUAAUUGCUACAAUGGCUAUAACUUUUGGAUUUGAGUUUUUUGUUGUAAAACCAGACAUUGUUGAUUUAAUUUCUGGCACUUUGCUCCCUUAUUGCCCCGAUUGUGGCAGAAAAGAAUUUUUACAAGCAAUAAGUGUUGUUGGAGCAGUUAUAAUGCCACAUAACCUUUAUUUGCAUUCCGCUCUAGUAAAAAGUCGUAAAAUUGAUAGAAGUCAACGCAGAAAUAUUUCAGAAGCAAAUCUUUACUAUUUUAUUGAAUGUGUAAUUGCUCUAACUUGCAGUUUCUUUAUAAAUCUUUUUGUUGUUUCUGUAUUUGCUCAUGGACUUUAUGGAAAAACGAAUGUUGAUAUUUUCAAAAGUUGCGAAGGUCAAAGCACAAUUCCCGACAGACAACUUUUUCCAAACAAUACAGACCCUGUAGAGGCUGAUAUUUACAAAGGAGGAAUUUUUCUGGGUUGUCAAUUUGGACUGACUGCUCUAUAUGUUUGGGGUGUUGGAAUUAUGGCUGCUGGUCAGAGUAGUACAAUGACAGGCACAUAUGCUGGUCAAUUCACCAUGGAAGGCUUUUUACAAAUCAAAUGGCCUCGUUGGAGGAGAGUUUUAUUUACCCGUUCAAUAGCAAUUGUGCCAACAUUAUCUCUUGCCUUAAAAACCCAAGGAGUGCAGAAUUUAACAGGGAUGAAUGACUUGUUAAAUUGUGUACAAAUGAUUCAACUACCUUUUGCUUUAUUACCAAUAAUUACAUUUACUGCACAUCGAAAAAUAAUGUUUGAUUUUUGUACAACAUUAACUGGACAAGUAUUUGCAUUUUUUACUUCACUUUUAGUAAUUGCAAUUAAUUUAUAUUUUUCUUUUGAUUAUAUAAUGGCUGAAUUAGAGGGAACUUGGAUGGCUUGGAUAAUGUUAAUUGGCCCUGGAAGUAUUUAUAUAACAUUUGUUUUGUAUUUGAUUAUUACGUGCCUUCAAUCAAUGUCUCUAUUAUCUUUAAAUUUAUUUGACUCAAUUCCAUUUUUAAAAAGAGAAGAUACACAAUUUACAAUUAGCGCUCCAUGGGUUAAAAUAACAAAUUUUUCUGAACAAAUUGGAAGUAGUCGUGAUCCGAUUGAUGCAACAAGUAGUCAAACAUUUCGGUAA